UUGGUUUAACAAGAUCUAAAAAAUUAGUAAUCCUUUUAAUACAUUAAAUCUAAGCGAAAGAGUUCACCCCAUAUGUCAAAUUCUGAUACAAUAACGCAGAUUAGGAGAGAACUCAAAAGCUCUAAAGAAAUAACUCCUGAAUUCCUUAACAAUCUCAUUGGCAGAAUGAAAGGAUUUUGGCCGACAAUGAAGAAAGAGAAAGAUUCCUACCAAAAAGUUCUUUUUAUAGUAAAGCUGUUGCAGAAUUUCAGGAAGAAUUUCACUUCAGAACAGCACUGGUGGAGUUACUCAAAAAUGUUAAAGCUGAUCAAAUCAAACAAAGAAUUUUGGAAAUUCCUAGAACCAUGAGCUUGUGAGACUAUUGAUAAUUGCAUUGCAAUGAUCCCUUUGAUUGUAAAGAACCUUAACAGAUCUUCAGAAAGCUCUCAAUCUCCCAGAAAGGAUAGAAAAGAAAAGCCAAAAAGCGUAGAAAAGAAAACAACAACUUUUAAGAAAGAAGAGAAGAAAACAAUUAGUCCAAAAAAAAGUCUUGAAGAAACUAAAAAGAAAGAGGAAGAAGAAAAGAAGUUGAGUGAUAGCGAAUCGGAACAAUCUGAAAGCUCCUGUCUAUCUUCUCAUAGAUCACAGUCAGAAACUAGUUUGAAGGAGGUUAAGACAAUUCAGAAAGAGAAGACUCCUUUAGAUAAUGAUAUUCCCAGUAAGAAACCAUCUAAAAGGAGAAUGAAAGCAAAAAGAGUUCAACAAGCAAGAAGGAUCUGCCAUCUAAACCAAAAAUUCCUACCGAAGAGCAAAAGAAACCAUCAAAAAAAGAAAUCAAUAGAAAAAGAGAAAGUCAAAAACACCCCUCCUCCAAAUACCAAACCACCUUUCCUCAACCCCAAAAACCCUCCCAAACCCGACUCCCCCCAAAAAGCCACAUCCGACUCUACCAAAGCCACUCCCCAAAAACCCCUUCCUCCACACCUCCCCACCUCCCUCCCUCCUCCUCCCUCCCCCCUCCUCAUAAAAUCCGAACACCCAAUCCUUCCACCCUCUCCUUCCCAAACCCAGCCUCCUCCCACUCCUCUCACGCACAAAGUCUACCUCCACAACCCUCUCUCAGCCACGUCCCUCGCCCACUUGCUUAGUACGUUCUCGACCAAGAUCCUCGAUCCCUUCAAGAAACCUCCCGAAGAGAUUAAGUACUCUAUAGAAGGAACACAGGGGAAUAAUAGUAGUGGGCAGAGUUCAGAAGAGAAGAUUUGUUCGAGUGAGGAAGAGAAGAGGGAGGAUAGUGAAGAGGAAGGAAAGGUAGGAGGGAAGAGAGUGAGGGUGGAUGAAGGAAUAGUGGGGCAGAAGAGGAUGAAGGUGGGGGAAGAGAGUGAUGAGUGGGAUGAAGAUGAGAUUUUGGUCAGGAGUGUCAUGGAUGAUGAACAGGUUGAGUAUGUUAAUCCGAAGAGGAGGAAGCAGGUGUUCCCGAGUGAGUUGUUGAGGAUGAGUGAGGGGAAGUUUCAGAGGAGAGGUGAUGGAGGCGUUUUUGGGUUUGGAGAGGAUUUGGUGAAGAAAGAAGAGUCGAAUAUUAAUGAUGCCAGACAGGUGAAUAGUAGUAUCAUUAAAGCUGGAAAACAAGAAUUGUCUCAGAAGAAAAAGAUAUACCAUUGAUAUGGAAUCAAGAAAUUUAAUGCUCCUAGAACAAGCAUUGAACCUUCAGAUCUAGCCCAUAAUUCUGGAAUGUAUUCUGGGAAUAACGAACCUGAAACUCAAAAUAAUUCUUUUGAGCCAGUUCAAAGAAUCUCUCACCUAGAAGCAAUGAAGAAUGCUGAAGAGAUGAACAAAUUGACAAACAGAAAGAGGAAUACUAUUAAAAAUUACCUUAGCCAGCCCAAAGGGUUUAACCCACAAUCAAAGUUCAAAAUUCCUGCUCCGUUAGUAAGGCCAAAAGAAAUCUUCAAAAAUCCUAGUGAAAGAAAGAUUACAAAUGACCAACCAGAAAUUAUUGAGAUUGAUUCAGAUGAGCCAAGUGUCAAGAUGUACACUCCAAUAAAAACUACAAAGCAAAAAGAAAAUAUUGUGUCUGUCGACUCCUAUUUAGAUGCAGUAUUGGGCAGAGAUACUCAAAUGCAACAAGAGAAAGCCAAUCAGGUCGAUCUUACUACUUCUAAAGAAACAGAGGAGAAAGACAGGAUUGUAUUUGAGCCAAGUGACAAUGUUAAAGUUCAGCCAACCUAUGGAACAAAAAUAAGCUUCACCAAUCCUCUGUUUAAUAAUCCAUCGAUGAGUGAGAGUGAAGAAGAAGACGAUGAAGAAGAUGAUGAUGAGGAAGAAGAGCAACUUCAUAUUACAAAAAUGCAACCACAAGCACAGGUCAGCUUUCCUAUGCAAAAUUCAUCUUUAAUCCAUCAAGAACCAGAAACACCUGAAGAUGAAAAACCGAAAAAGUCUGUUAUUGUGCCAAUAUUGAAAAAGAUCCUAUUAAAGGAGAUGAAAAGAAUAAACUAAAAGAACUUCUGGAAAACAUGAGAAACAAUAGUUGAAGACCAAAAGAACCUCCAAGACCCUUAGCUUCUAAUACUUUCAGAGCACAACCUCAGCAACGCUCAUAUGCUACUUCUCCUGCCUCUUUUAGAGGUCUGAAUACUCAAAUAAGAAAUCUUCAGCCAGGAUCUAGAUUUGAUGAAGUGUGUGAGCUCUCUUCUUCAUCAAGUGGAGAUUACUCUCAAUCAGAAUCUUCUCAAGAAGCUCCUAGUAGCAACGAAAACUCAGCAGGUAUAGCUAGACCUCAAGAAGUUAUUACAGAAGGGAGUGCUGAGUCCCCAAAUGAGAGUAGCGCUCCUGUAAACGAUUCAACUGAAGAGCAAGCCUCUUUAAGCCAUGAGAAUAAUUCAAUGACAGAUGAGACUAACUCCAUUGGUCAGGAAAGUACAGAAAAUCCUACAGGACAAGAAUCUACAGAGUUCCCUGCUGAUGCCUACCAAG